AUGGUCCUCAUCCACACUCAAAUCGAAAUCGCAGCCCCUCCAGAAAAAGUCCGGGACAUCUUCCUCGACUUCCCCAAGCUCUCAGAAUGGCACAAGGGACUCUUCAAGGCCAUCGAAUACGCACCAGGAAAGACGACCGCAGAUGUCGGCGAUAAGCUCAAAGUCAUCGGUGAAGGCAUGACAUUUGAGCCAAUAGUCUUGGAGAACUCACCUGCCAAACUCGAGUGGAGGGGAAGCUUACCAUAUAUCUUUACUGGGAUUCACUCGUACCAGUUUAGACCUAGUCAAAAGAAUCCUGGACAUACGACUCUUGUGCAAGAGGAGAAUUUUACUGGACUGCUUUCGCCUCUUAUGUGGACUUCAUUUGGCUCGAGUACGAAAGCUGGGUUUGAGAAGCUUAAUGCGGAUUUGAAGGCGAAGGUGGAGAGCUCUUGA